UCUGUUCUCAGUAUUCAUCCAAAACUUUGUUCAAACUCCAUUCUUUCUUAUAUUAAACGUCAAAUACUACAAAGAUGGUCAUGAAAAAACCUCUGUUCCAUUUAUCACCGCUUCUCAUCUUUCUUCUACAUUCCACCACUACUCUUGCCCAGCCGGCUGCAGCUCCAGCUCCAGCUGGCCCAACAAACGUCACAAAAAUCCUGGAAAAAGCUGGCCAAUUUACGCUUCUUAUCCGGCUCAUGAAGGCCACUUCAGUUGCUGAUCAGAUCGAUCACCAACUCAAUGACUCAAACAAUGGAAUGACCCUAUUUGCGCCGAGUGAUAACGCAUUUGCUGGCCUCAGCUCCGGCACUCUCAACUCCCUAAACGAUCAACAAAAGGUGGCAUUGAUUCAGUUUCAUGUAAUCCCCUCGUACAUCACUGUAUCCCAGUUCCAAACUAUGAGCAAUCCGAUCAGAACAAACGCCGGAGAUAGUAGCCCAUACAAAUAUCCACUCAACGUCACCACUUUCGGCAAUUCAGUGAAUAUAUCAACCGGCAUUACCAACACGAGUGUUUCUGGCACCGUAUAUACUGAUGGUCAACUUGCUGUUUAUCAAGUUGACAAAGUGCUUCUUCCUUGGGAUCUUUUUGGCGCUAAGCCCCCGGCACCCGCACCGGCACCCGCAAAGCCUAAGAAGAAGGCUGGUAGUGCUGAUGACACUCCUGAUGAUACUACAUUGGCUACAUCUGGUGCCUCGAGUCUCAAGGUAACCGUGCAAAAUGUGGUUGUGUUCGGGUUUGCUAUGGUUGCAGCAACAAUGUUAUCUCGAUGACAGUAAAAGAAAAUUGGGUGUGUGAUUUUUUGAAUUGAACGGUGGUAUUAAAAAUCAAUGGAGAUGGUGGUGUUUUUCAUAAUUGUCUGUUUUCAAUCUCAUUUUGUAUGAUAUUAAUUGCUUGUUUGUCAUGUAUCGUUAAGAUUGAAUUUUGAGCUUUCUUUUUUUACUUUGUUUUUGUUCUCUUUUUCGACAUCUAUGUAAUGUAAUUCUUGAAUUAUGUAAUUUUGUUCCGUAAAUGUUAAUACGGCAAUGGACUUUGGUCAUUUUAUU